UAACAUCUCUACUGUCAAGUUAAAGUGUAUUUUUAUUGACUAGUUUUGGUUUCGGUGACACUCACUAAAAGUCAAUUUAUUUCAUUGAGCAUAUCCUGUUGCUCUAUUGACAAUAAAAUCAUGACUAAGAAAAUUUGACACUAUAUCUAACUAUAAACCAUAAAUCUUAUGCUAUAAGCUUAGACACUUCAGUAUUGACAUUUUGUGUAUUAGUUGAAAUCUCUACCAAAAAAAAAGUUAUGGAAAUGGUAAAGUUUUAGUUUUCCUUUCAUCUGAGCUUGUGGGAUUAAUUCCAUAUUUACACCCAUGGCAACACAAAUGAAUGGCACGAAGAAUUACACUGCUGAAGAGAUCAAAGAAUACCUGGACUUACUUCAGCAGGAGUCUACAUUAGCCUUCAUACCGACUCUGGUCUACUUGUCACUGCUUAUUGUGGUAGGAAGUCUAGGCAACUGUCUUGUCUUGCUUGUCUAUUCUACGAAGAUGACCAGGACACCGAUAAGAAUAUUUAUCAUCAACAUGGCGGCUUUUGAUCUUCUAACCAAUAUAUUAGUCAUACCAGGUCAAAUAUGUAAUCUUCUGCACACAUGGAAUCAUAAAAUACCAGUUGAAUGUCAAAUUCGAAUGUAUCUUAAUUGUUUACUGGUAUUUUGUUCUGCGUUCAUGCUGGUUGCCAUAGCAUCAACAAGAUACAGAAUGAUUUGUCAUCCAUUUCAAAAUCAAAUUAGUUUGACACAAGCCAAAUACAUCUGUGGACUCAUUGUUCUGAUUUCUGCUCUUAUUUCUAUCCCACACGGAAUCAUCCAAGGUAGUCAAACCAAGAAGACCCCCAACCCAGAUAUCGAUGGGCAUUACUGUCAAGUUGAUGACGUGUAUAUCCCAACACUAUGGCCAACCUUAAACUCUGCAUUCUUUGUCUUCUUGUUCCUAGCUGGUAGUGGUGUUGUUAUUUACCUCUACGUCUGUAUUGGCAGAGCCACCUGGAGACAAAGAAACUACUUGAUGAAAAGCGUAGACAAAUCUGUCAAGAAAAUCUCGGAUACCCAAUUCUCUGGGAUGGAAAUAAGGGCCGAUACAAUUUUGUCAGGCUCAGUUGAACCAUGCAACAUCAACAGUUUAGAGUUUGUUGAAAGUACUGAUACGUCAUGCAGUCAAAGUCACAAUAUUGAGCAAGUGAGUUUACAUUUAUUGUCUGAGAGUGAAAAAAACACUUAUAUUUACAGCCAGAGUCAAGAUACAGUUACUGACCUUAUGGAAAAAACUGGAGGUGCCAUGCAAUUUAAUAAGCACAAAUCAGAAACGAAACCCGAUACAAACAUUUAUCUUCUAAAACCACAGGACAAUAUUACUCUCAAUACAAAAUUUAAAAAUGACGACAAAAAAGAAAGAGUUCAUCCAAAAGGAAGAAAUACUCAAAAUGGAAGAAAUACUCAAAAUGGAAGAAAUACUCAAAAUGGAAGAAACACUCAAAAUGGAAGAAACACUCAAAAUGGAAGAAACACUCAAAAUGGAAGAAACACUCAAAAUGGAAGAAACACUGAAAAUGGAAGAAACACUCAAAAUGGAAGAAAUAAUAGAAAGCGAAAAGUUUUUGGAAGAACAUCCUUAACGAUGUUGACCGUAAUACUUGUUUUUUUCUUCGGGUUUCUUCCGUUUCUUGCACUCAAUGUUUUUGUUGCUGUAUCUCCUGCAAGUGUAACAUCUCUCAAAGGAGUCUCCUUGUCAAUGUACCAGCUGUUCAUCUAUUCGUACUUUCUAAACAGCGCUGCUAACCCGAUUGUCUACAGUCUAUUAGAUGGCAAAUUUAAAAAUGAAUGCUUCAACCUAUUACACCACUGUCAAAGAAGAAAAUAGCCUAGCUUUCAAAUGCAAUUGUCAUUUUGUUUCUAAAAGCUGCAAACAUAUUAAUUACAAGAAAAACAUUAAUAAUACUUUUUUUUAAAAAUACACUUACAAUUAAUCUAAUUUAAUCAAUUAAUUUGGAUUAUUUAUGUAAUUAAUUUUGUAAUAGUUCUAGAGUCUAGACCAACAACAAUAAAUCUGUGCAAUUAGAAAUAUUUUUAGCAAUUGUUUUCAUUAUGGCUCUUGUCUCCUUAAGUCGACAUGCUAACCACUCUGCUAGUCAGGUGCUUAUGAAAAUAGAAGAUUUUAUAGUUAUCUAUUGUUUGUUUCAAACUUAAUUUAAAGCGUCGACCUUAAAAGGUGACUAAUUCAGUUUAUACCAGCUUAUCAGUCAAGUACAUUUUUUUAUUCCUACUUCGAGACACCAAACAACAUAAUUAAUUACCAAUAGUUAUUUAACUAAUUUGUUAUUAUUUUUUAGUCCUAUUUUGCAGGGUAAAAGAAAUAAUUCUGUAAAAUUUCAGCUAGACCCGAGAUUGGGUGUCGGAGAAAUAACGUGUAGAAACUUUUCACAAGACUGAGUGAGUUGAUAUAAGCUUUGUAAAAAUGCAAUAAAAAGUACAUUUCAUUUAUGUUCUUCUUUAUUAAAUGAUAUCGGAGACUUUUCUAUCAUAGCAUUUGUUAAUCAGCAUAUGUAUAUAUGACUUCAUAUUUUCAAAUUAAAAUUGAAAGUUUAAUAUCAGA